AUGUGGGUGCGGCAUGAGGGGUUUGCUGAUUUGGUGCGAGGAGAUUGGAUGGCUCACACGGAGGCUACAGGCCUACUCAACUUGAAGAUCAAGUUAGCAAGGAUUAAACAGACAUUCAAAUGGUGGAACAAAGAGGUUUUCGGGAAUAUCCACGCCAACCUCAAAGCCUGUGAAGAGAAUAUUGCCGUGGCUCAAUCUGAGUUCGAGGAAGAGCCCUCGGCCCGGAACAGAAUGGAGAUCAACAAACAAAUAGCUGAGUACGUCCUUCUUCUCAAGAUGGAAGAAGACUUCUGGCGCCAGAAAGCGGCUCUCCGUUGGCUGGAAGAGGGUGAUAAAAACACUAGGUUCUACCAAAGUUGGGUGAAGCAAAAGAGAAUUCGGUUGCGAAUCCACAAGAUUAAUGCUAAUGGGAGGGAGCUCACGGAUGACCUUGAAAUCAAAGACUCAGCGGUUGAGUUCUAUCAAAACCUCCUUGCGCCAACUUACCCGGAGUUGGCUGCCCCAGACCUAGACCUCCUGCAACAACUUCCCCCCUCAGAGCAAUUGGAGGAUCUCCCCAAGCCGCCAGAUGCGGAUGAAGUGAAAAGGGUGGUUUUUGACAUCUCAGGAAGUAGUGCCCAAGGGUCGGAUGGGUUCUCAGCCUUGUUCUACCAAGCUUGUUGGGGAAUCGUGGGGCCAGAUGUAGUGGAUGCGGUUAGGCAAUUUUCUGUGUGGCCUUCCUCUCCCGAUGUUUCACGGCAACAAGAAAUGUUCCAUGAACUUGGCCGAUGCACCCCUGCCCCGAACGUUGCAAUCAAGAUUGACAUGGCUAAGGCCUAUGAUCGGGUGCAAUGGCCCUUUCUGCUCAAGGUCCUUAAGCAAAUGGGAUUCCCGGGCCCUUGGAUUGCGCUUAUUGAAAGAUGCAUUGGAACUUGCUGGUUCUCAACCCUCAUUAAUGGCUCCCCAGCAGGUGUCUUCAAAUCCACCCGCGGGCUCAGGCAAGGUGAUCCCAUCUCCCCUGCCCUCUUUGUUUUAGCAACAGAUUAUCUCUCACGCACCCUCGACAGGCUUAUUCUUUGGCACAAAGAGAUGACCUUCAAAGCCAGUCGUGGAAGCUUAGAGAUCAGCCACCUUGUAUAUGCCAACGACAUCAUUAUUUUCACGCAACCGGCCACGACAUCCCUCAGGAGGCUUUAUUUGGGGGUUCUAAUUUAUCGAGGUGUGAAGCGCUCGGAUAUGUUUAUGUUCCUACGGGAAAAGAUAGCGGCUAGGAUCUCAGGGUAG